AUGAACUCAGUAUCCACUAACACUUCCUUUACGGAUGUUCGCAUUGUUAAAAUUUAUUUUAAGAUUCAUUACAUCACACAAUUUGGAUAAGCUAUUUAUUUAUGUGGAGAUGAUGAAUCCUUAGGAAUGUGGGAUCCUUGUAAGGCACUUCGUUUAUAAUGGAAUUAAAAUAAUGAAUGGACCAUUUGUGUCAAAAUGCCUCGGAUCGCCCGAAAAUUUGAGUACAAAUUCUUAGUCAACGAUUAUAAUGAGCCUUCCAUUUGCAAAGCUUUUUGGGAACCUGGUGAAAAUCGUAUUAUCACCAAACAUUUGCUUCUUAAUGGCAAGAAGAGCGAGUACUUCAAUCAGGAAUUUUGGGGAUAUAGAACUAUAAAAUUAAAACUCAAUCACACCCUACAACCAAAGGAACGCAUGAUGAUAAUAGGAUCUAUUCCUGAGAUAGGUUCCUGGAAAUCACCUGUACUUAUGAAAUAGCAAUUAAAAAUUGAUAUUUUAACUCAAGAACCUAUCCAAUAAUGGUCGAUAUCAUUUAUUGUAAAUCCUUUAAACUUCUUCUUUCGAUAUUAUUAUGUGAUACGAAAUGACGAAACAGGAAAUAUGAUAUGGGAACGAGGCAAUGGACGUUACUUAAAAACAGCAGAUUUAUCCUCAAUAAGGUAAGUGUUGGAUUAAUAUGACCUUCACCCCAUAAAAGUGAAGACUCAAAUAUACACUGCAUUCUAGGCUAGAUAAAUACAUAAAAAUGGAUCAUUCUCUUCUUCCAAAAUUCCAAAAUCUAAGAUCAAAAAAAAUAAUUAGGGAUACUCUUUUGCUGAUAAGGAGCCUUCCUUUUUUUAUUAUGAAGAAUUCGGAAGAUUAAAUAAGUUGGAUUGGAAUUUUGUAGUGCAAUUCUAAACCUAUGAAAUAAAUGAGAAUAUAUUGAUAGGACCUUAUCCAUAAAAUGAAUAGGAUAUUCUAUACUUAAAGUAAAAAUAAGUGAGAGCAGUUCUCAAUCUCCAAACUCGUCUGGAUAUGUUUCAUCGUGGUGUCAAUUGGGAGCAAAUAGUAGAUGCUUACAAACGACAUAAUAUUGUGAUGAAGAACUAUUAAAUAUUCGAUAUGGAUUCUGAAGAUUUUGAAAAGAAAUCUAAUAAAGCUGUUUAAAUUCUUAAGAAGUUAAUAAAUGAGUAUGAAUAUGUCUAUGUUCAUUGUACAGCUGGAAUAGGCAGAGCUCCCUCCAUAGUAGUGCUUUACUUGGCUUCAAUCCUUUAAUAUGAUUUAAAAGAAGCAAUAGAGUUUGUCAAAUAAAAAAGGCAGUAAUUUUACAUCAAUUAUUCAAUGCUCAAAAAGUCAUUCCAAAAAACGCUUGUAUUUAAUCAUGGAUUAGGGUAUUAAGACUUAACUUAAACACUUUGAGAUUGAAUAAAGCCUUCGUUGUAUAAUUUAUUAAUUUCAUUAAUAGUAAUUUUAAUUUAAAUAAA